AUGAAAGAACUUUCCCUCUUUCUGAUAUAUUUUAUAACUCUAAUUUUUGGAGAAGAAUCGGAUAAUUUCGAUGAUUCAAUCUGUGAUUCUGAAGAAUGUCAAAAACUAUCAAAAAGGUACUUGUUAAGCAUGAAUUCUGAAGCUGAUCCUUGUGAUGAUUUCUAUGAAUUUGCAUGUGGAAACUAUCCAAAACAUUUUAAAAUUCCAUCGAAAAGCAAAAAUACUCUGUUAGAUGAAAUGAAUAGAAAUAUAGACAUUUGGUGGGAAGAUCAUGUUGAAAAUUGGAACUUGGAAAAGCAACCAAGUUUUCUUAUGGAACUCGUGAAAAAUUACACAAAAUCAUGUUUGGAUGAAGGUCAAAAAACAUCUCUGAACCACAAUGACGUCAUCGAAUUAAUCAAUGCCCAUUUUGGUGGCUGGCAUCUUCUCGACAACACAACACAACACUAUGAUUGGGAAGUUCUGGCCGGAACGCAGUCACUUCAUGGUUUUCACACAUUUUUCCAACCGUACGUUCACAUGGAUUUUGAGAGCGGUGCACAAAAUAUUCUGGUGAUGACAACAAGUCAGAAAUAUGAGCAUAUUCCUGCAGAUGAGAAGAUGACUGAGAGAUUAAUGAAAUCGAAUUAUGUUCGAGAAGUUUUUGGGUUACUCGGUAUCCGAAACUAUGACCCCAAAAUUGUGACGGAUUUGGUGGAGUUUCAAGAAAAAGUUCCUAGUGUAAGUUAAUUUUCCGAGAGAAAUACACGAAAAAAUUUAUUUUUUCUCGCAAAAUAUGCAAUUUUUUCUUUCAGUGUCUUCUACGUUCAUCGGGGAAUUACACAUCCUACGGAGUUCGAUCAACAGUUAAAGAGUUCAAAAACCAACACGACAACAUCAAUUGGACAGCAUAUUUUACUCAGGAUUUGAGAGAUGCUAUGCCACAUUUGCUUACACCUCUAGAGAUGAUUAGAAAUGAGAAACCAGACUUUUUCAAUGCUCUCAAUGAUUUGCUCGGAAAUACAUCGAAGGAAACAAUCAAGAACUAUUUAUUUUUCGAUAUGGUAACAAACUUAUUUUCUCUCAUGUCCAAAAAAUAUCGAAAACCAUUUGAAACAUACGCGAGUCGUCCAUAUGUCUUUGACAAGCAGUACUGUGCUUUCGAAUCGAGUUUGAUGUUUCCAAUUAUAGCUGCCGGCGAGUAUGUGAAACUUCAUCACACUGAGAAUGCUACUAUGAAUGUGGAGAAUAUUUUGGCGAAUUUAAAAGAAGUUAUGAUUGAUGAGAUCAAUAAUUCGGAAUGGAUGGAUAGAAAAUCAAAGGAGAUUGCGGUUGAAAAAGUGGGAAAAAUGCGUAGGAAAAUUGGUCAUCCCAGUUGGUUCAAUGAUUUGAAUAUUGGAACGCCUUAUGGAAUUCUGGGCCAGCGAAUCGAAUUAAAUCCCGGCGAUUAUUUAAGAAAUCAUUUUAAGAUCAGAAAAAUUCUUCUAAUGUAAGUAAAAUUUUCAUUUUCAAAAAAUCUUUAUCUAUAAGGGAUGAGUUGGCACAACUUCAAUAUAGUUCAUGGUCUGAAUGGGGACAAUUUGUUACAACUACCAACGCUAUGUAUUCUCCAUUUCGAAAUGAGAUUGCUGUCACUGCUGCAAUUUUAUCCUUCCCAUUUCUCACUGAAAAUGCGCCUUUAUCUAUAAGUUAUGGAGGAAUUGGAGCAACUGUGGCACAUGAAAUGACACAUGGAUUCGAUGGUCAGGGACGAAAUUAUGAUGCUUAUGGAGAAAUUAUUGAUUGGAUGGAUGAUUUGACAAGAGAAACCUAUGAUAAUAAAACACGGUGUUUUAUUGAACAAUAUGAUUCGGAAGUUGAGAAAGUUACUAAUAUGAAAGUAGAUGGAGCACACACAGUCAAUGAAAACAUUGCAGAUAAUGGGGCGUUCAAAUUAGGUUGGCUAGCCUAUAAACUUCAAGCGCGGAAGAACUUGGAUGCUAGAAAAUUACCAAAGCUUGAAAAAUACACAAGUGAUCAAUUAUAUUUCAUUUCUUUAGCAAGUGUUAGUAAACUGCUUUUGAAAGAAAUUUUAUGAAAAUCUCGAUUUUUAAGGUUCAAUGUAUUCGUGCUAGCCCGCAAGAUCGAGAAUCGUUAUUGGAAGAUGUUCAUACAUUUGGUGCAACUCGACUAAAUGUUCCUCUUCGGAAUUUUCCGAAAUUUGGAGAAGUUUUCAAUUGUAAAAUUGGAUCAAGAAUGAUGCCAAAUAAAAAUGAAACGUGUCAAAUUUGGUGA